AAAAUAUAUUGUAUUUAGCAUCAUAAUUUGUCAUCUUAAACAUUAUAUCAUGAUGAACAUAAUUUAAAUCUUAGAAUUUUUAACGGUAAAAAUUUCAAAAUCAUCAUGCAAUUUUCUGUAUGGAAUAAUUUUCAUGCAAUAAUCUGGUCGCGGAAUAAUUUAUUCGUGGAAAAAAAUAUUCCUCUC